AUGGCUGAUCAGCUGAUGAGGGAGCGGCAGGAUGCCCCAAUUUGGAACGCUAUCGAGGUAGGAGCUUACAAGCAAGCUCUAAAGCUCGUCGAUAAGAGAUUAUUAAAGAAACCAAAUGAUUACCUGGAGGCUCUCAAAAUCUUCAUCAGAUCGAAAUCGCCUCUUUUAUCCGAGAAAGCGGCUGUUCUGGUUCACUUGGAAGAGCUGCCGCUGAGAAAGUCGACGAUCAAGGAGUUGGAGACCAUUCAACUCUACGAGGAAGCAUAUGGCGAGAUUUUUCCUCUACCAGAGGAGAGCUGGGCAAGAAUAAUUGGAGAAACACGAUGGCAGUGUGUUAAAUCUUGUCCUAAAGAAGAGGAAUUAGGGGAAGACUCCUUCAAGGAAUGCCUUGCGCACAACGACAUUGAUCAUGCUCGGCAGAUUGCGAACAGUCUGGAGAAAAACUUCCCUGGCAAUCAUGGAUACCUCUUCUGGAAUAUUACUACCAUGUUCCUCUUCUCGAUAACAACCAAAUAUCCGGAAAAUCAACGUAAACUUUGGGGCACCUUGGCUUUUGCCACGAUUCAAAAGCUGGCUAAUGCAACCAAGGACGCUGCAGACCCAACGAAACUACCACUACGCUCAAUACACACCCCUCAAGAAUUGCUUCUCUGGCAUAGAAUUGCAGAGGUUCUCGGCAAGCCCGAACAGAGACUGGAAUAUCUGCGACAUCCUAAUUUGGGGCCUGAAUCUGUUGUUGCCAAGGGAGAAUGGCAGCUGUGGAGGAUAAGGUUAAAUCUCUUGAAGACUACUCACCAAUGGAAAGAGCUCUCCGAAAUUACAGGAGCCCUGCUUAAGCGGGCACGUACGAAAGAUGAAGCAGGCCAGCUCUCUGAAGCAAAUUUCUGUGACUGGAUAGUAUGGGACGGUUUCGUAUGUUCGGCCAACGAAUUGGGUGGUAAUGAGUUGAGAGAAACAGUGUUGUCUGAGGUGGAGGCACACUUGAAGCCAGAUUCUGGGGUCGAUAAAAGCUGGCGACGAAAUGCCUCCCUUGCAAAAGUGACUAUUUUGUUUAAGGAGCGUAGUCCAUUCUCUCUUGAAACUGAAUCCGCGUCAGAUCGAGUUGACAUACUUGAAGAAUAUCUGACCACGUACGGAUCCGCUACCACGACAUACGGUGAUUUGAGGCCUUUUGUUGAAAAACUUAAAGAAAGUGAGAAGCAAUACCUCUUGAGUAAUUUGGUCGAGAAUAAACUCUUUGGAACUGCUUUGGCGGAAAAAGACAAUUACAAGACUUCCAAAAAGCUGACCCAGCACAUCAACGCCUACAAGCUGCGUUACUUGCUUUCGUUCAGCAUUCCAGCCAACAGUCAUCGGCAGCGACCUACUCAGUUCUCUGGAGACACAGAAUUUGCUUGUCCCGCUUGCGGUCGUAAAAAUGUUCACGCUUGUACAUCAUGUUUAAAGUUGUUCGCGUUGGACGCUAUCCGACUUUAUUUGAUGGCAGUUGAGGGUGGUCGGGCCUCGUGGAAUUUGCUGCCAACCGACCAACAUCCAGCAGAUGAUUUAUUGGUGCUAGCUACUAUGUGUCUAAUCACCAUCGCACAAUCAGUUACUAAACAUCAAGAUGGAACAUUGAUGGACGGAAAAACGUCUUACAUUUUGCAAACGGUCGCGCUACUUGAGUAUGCUGCUUCCUUCUCGGAAUCAAACUUCCAAAUUCGCUUGUUGCUCAUUCGACUGUAUCAAUAUCUUGGUAACGGCCUUCUGGCGAUGCGUGCUUUCGACAAACUCGGACUUAAGCAGAUACAAUUAGAUACUCUAUCUUACGUUCUGUUUGACCGCAUAUCAUCAUUCCACCCGCAUGAAUUCAGUGAGCUAGGAGAGACUCAAUUGAAACCUCCGCUCGAUAUCUUGAAAAAGCAGCAGAAAAUGAUACGAGGAACUCCUAGCCAGAUUAGUCGAAACACACGGCUUUCAUACAAGCAUGGAAGCUAUAACUCGGUCUUUGAACUCAAAGAAGUAUCAGACAAGCUUGAAUGUACCCUUGCUUCCGUCAUGUCAGUCGUUGAGACGAUGAAAAUUAACCGCUUGAUACCACCAAAAGAAUCUACGAAUAGCGGUUUGGAUAUCUUACCGCCCAACUUUGAUAGUGCAGAUUCAAAGAUCUCGGAUACCUGCGACUAUGCCACCUUUCCAAAUUUCGAGACUACUCUCGGCGCCAGCUUUGAAGAGUUGUCACGUUAUCGGCCGGGUCUAAGUGACACACGAGCACGUGUAAAUGUCAAUAAUCAGCACCUCGCAAAACUUCUGUUUCAAAGCUCUUCUGCUGGUAAAGCAGAAGCUGAUGCUUACAUACAAGAAUUCCUCACAUCACCGCCUAGUCGGAUGAAACUGGAUGAUACACAAAACUAUCUUACAGACAUAGAAGAUCUCGCUCGUAUUUGCCAUGAAGAGAUGACACUCAUUGUCACAUCGAAUCUCGACUCCACCCGUUGGAACGACGCUAACUUCUCUUCCAUUUUGAAGGCAUCCAACCUCAAUCUAACAGCUCGCUUGGAAGAGGCAGUUGAACAAGUCAAAAACCUCAAUGCCAUCGUCCCAGCUUUCGGAAGCGUCUUACACAUCUUCUACACCACCUACGACCUCUCCCUCAUCACCCACGCCUUCUGCAACUUCCUCAACUCUAAAGAAAAAACCCUACACACCUCUCAAAGUCCCCACACUCCUCAAAUCCUCGCACAAACAAAGGAACUUAAACAAGCCAUCUCUGAGCAAGCUGCAGCUGUGAAAAAGGGACUCGACGAAGGCGGUUGGAUUGAUAAAGUCCUUGAUAGCGUGAAUGGCACGCAAGGGAACGAAACUUUGUUCAGUGAGUUGGGGGAUCUGGUGGAUGCGGGACAAUUAGAGGUUUGGGCUGGGGAUUUGGUAGAGGGCUGGAAGGAUAGUUGUGAGGGGUUGAUGUUGAAGAAGGUUGUUGUUUAG